UGUGUAAUUCACUCUCUAACGUCGCGAGCUUCGAAACCAAGAGAUAUUUGAUGAGGAUUAAAGAGCGAAGACGAGCGUGUCCCGUUCAAACGGCAGUCCCACGCGCCCACGAAUUCAUGUGGAGUGAUCAACCGGGUGUUAAAAUCGAUCCAUGGGUGUAACCCUCACGAGCACGUCGUGGUCAGACGCGGUCUGUCCCGGCAGGGAGAAGUCGCUGCCCGUCCAGCAGCGGGCAACAGGGACCCAGCCGGUCGUAUGUCGCAACAGCCAUCUUUCCCUGUGUGCUGUUCUCGUGUCGAUGGAUUUAAAGACGCUACCGUCGAUAUUAGAAGCGGCACCGUGUCUACUCCGGUUUGUUGGAGUGAUGUUCAGGACAUGUCUGUGAGGAUGGAAAUGGAUAUCAAUGGAGUGUCAAGAGCACAUGUCUCCAUCAUUCCUGCAUCGGAAAUCAAAGCGACAUUGAAACCGGAAGCAGAUAGACCUCGCUGUGCCAGCACCCCGUGUUCACCCAUCAGAGGUACUGUUUCAGGAUACCAGAUCCUCCACAUGGACUCAAACUAUCUGGUAAGCUUCACCACUGGUGAAGAUCUCCUCAAGCUUGCUCACAAGUGGUCAGAAGGAACACCAGAGAAGGGUACCGUAUCAGAGGCCAUGACCAGCUCUGUUGAGAGUGCCGUGCCAAAGUCGGUGGACUUGGGCAUCCACCGGCCUUCACGAAUCUGCAAAGGUAAAAGUCGACACUACCAACCCUACGACAUUCCUGCUGCCAAUGGCCGGAGACGGAGGCGCAUGCCCAGCUCGAGUGACACCUUCCUCAGGUCCUUGACCCACGGAGAGCCUGGAAGGGGUCUGAAUGCUCCACUACCGCUCUGUCUGCUUAAAGGAAAGAGGGCCCAGUCAAAGUCUCUCGACUACCUUAAUCUGGACAAAAUAAGUAUCAAAGAAUCAUCAGACACUGAGGUCUUACAGUACCAACUGCAGCACCUUACCCUGCGAGGGGAGCGCAUGUUUACCAGAAACAAGACAUGAAAGCACAGGUGAACGCCCUUUUUAGGCGUCAUUUCAAGCUUGGUCUUUAAGAAGACAGUCUGAAAUCACACAUACAUACAGUUGGGACACUCCUCACAUUAUAAUGAGGUUGUUGAGGAUAAAACAUGUAAAUUAUAUAAAUUUAGCAAUAACUGGUGAACCUAUUUAUUGACAGUCUUGUGGCUGUUUACUGGUCAGAGAUGCACUGAAACAUCAGCUUACAGCUGAUGAAAGCACAUAUCCCCUACUCUACUAACUUAAAACCCAUCAUUUCAAUUUAGUCUAAUCAUGGUUUAAUUGUUUAUCUAUGAGGACUUUGUUAGUGGAAGUUUAGAUUUUCUUUUCAUUUCAUGGCAGUGCAUACAACUGUAGAAAUGUAUUGAUUUAUUGCUGUAAGUCAAUGUUAAUGUGUUUCUAAAUCUCUCUUUUAUCAGAAGUUCGGCAUCUUAAAGACAUAAAGAAAAUGUAGUAAAAUAGUCACAAGCCUCAUGUACAUUCAAAGAGUUUUUAAUUGUUGUGUUUUACCCUGUUUAACCAUUCUUGUGCUGAGUUGAUCACUUCCAUUUUAAUAUGUUGAAGUAAUUUGGGACUUGUAAUACCAGGGAAUUUUCAAUUACCAGCUCCUUAGAUGACUAGCCAUCACAAUACUUAUACAUUUAUUUAUUGCUUUCAAUGUACAUGGGUGGACAAAAGUAUUUUGAAGUGUGUCUUUUUAACGAGUGUGUAUGUUGCA